AUGGCCGACUCCCAGAACCUCAGCCCCUGCAAAGUAAACUUCAACGGGGCCCUCCGCCGAUUCCUGAUUUCCCGCCCUGCCGUCUGGUCCGACUUUGAGCACAAGCUCCGCGACGUCUACAGCUUGCCUGCCUCUGCUGCCAUCGACGUCCAGUACAAGGACGAGGAGGGCGAUGUCAUCUCCCUCAACACCGACAGCGAGCUCGAGGAUGUCCUCGCCAUGCACGCCCUCUUCACCCAAAUCGCACCUGUCAGAUUCGAUGUCCUCCUCAGAUCCGGUCAGGAUCUCCCUGCUCCCAGCACCACUACUGUUGCUACCUCUGCUGAUGUUGUUGAACCCUACAAUAAUAUUCAACCUGCCGAGCCCCAGCCCCAGUCCCAGCGUGAGCGCUCCAACACUGUCGCUUCGGACGACAGCAGUGACGAUGGAUCCUUGAUCGAAUUCGAGGAGGCUCAGGAAACCGCUACAUUGACCGAGUCUGCCUUGGACCAGCCUAUCGCCUACCCUCAGGGGGAUCUCUAUGAGGCUACACUUCGCCAGCAGCAGGAAAUGAUCGAGGCCCAGAAGCUUCAAGCUCCUCUCUUUCCCGACUCUGUUACUUUGCACGAAACCACCAUGGAUCUCGAGGAAACCAACAAGGAUGAGGCGACCAACAAGCCAUCUUCCAGACGCUCCUCAAAGUCGUCUAGCCCCGCGAUGGUCCCUGUUGCAGAGUUUGAGGCUCUUCGCAUGGAUUCUGCCGCCGACGUCAUGGACUCGAUUGUCGCCUCUGCUAUUGAGCAUCAUGCCCAUGAUGUUGCUGCUGCUGUUCAGACCCACAGCGAAUCCGAGGAUGAUAAUGAUGCUCAUGCCGACCCUGCAGAGCCUGAAAUCACCGAGCCCGCAGUCCCUCACGGUGACCGUGCCUUGAUCGAGCAGUUCCAAAUGUUGAUCCAGGAGUUCCAGCACGUCAUCCAGAACAAUCCUCAGCUAGUAACCAUUUCUGGCAGCAUCAUGAACAAGAUCAUGUCCAACGUCCAGGUCAACGUCGAGUCCUUUGCCACUUAUCUCCAGGAGGCAGCCCGCAACGCCCAAGCCUCUGCCGGAGAGGCUGCUGCCAGUGCCCAUGAGGCCGCUGCUGACGCAACUCGCUCGUGCCCCUUCGGCAGCUCGGGAUCUGAUAACCCUUUCCUGUCGAACCCUUUCUUUGCUCAUCACCACCGAGGUCGGUUUGGUGGUCGUCGUGGAUACGAGGACCCCUUCUCUGGAUGCCAUGACAACGAAGCUGGCGAUUUCUCUGAUCGCUCUCAUCAUGGUCACCAUCACGGUCACCAUCAUCGCGGUGGCCGUGGCGGUUUCGGUGGAUUUGGUGGUCGCGGUGGCGGCCGUGGUGGUGGCUUCGGUCGAGGAGCCGGACAUCAGUGGAGUUUUGGCUCUCUUUUCCCCACUAUGCCUGCUAUGCCUCACAUGCCCCCCAUGCCCCCUAUGCCUGGUGUUCCUGGUAUGUUCCCCUCGGAAGGCACUUCUGUCCCCAACACCAAGCCCUCGCCGUUCUUCGGAGGAUUCCCAUUCCACUCUGGUGCCCCAGGCAGCUGCAGGAGAGGAAACAGCUUCCGUUUCAGAGGUGACCGCCCCAGUGCCUGCGACACCGAGUCUUCAGAGAAGAGGCGUCGUUCCUGCUCCAAAAACAAAGGCAAGAACGCAUCCUCUUCAUCGUCCGAUGAGGCGACAGGCACCACUCAGAAACAGCAAGGCGAGUCGUCCUCUUCAGCUCAACAGCAACCUCAGAUGACCGAGAUUGGAAACGGCUGGAGCUGGACCUUGCUCCCUGACGAGACCACUGGCGCCGACCCUAACGCCGAUCCCUCAUCAUCAUCGUCUCGUCCCAAGUACGGCUGGGUCUGGGACGGUGGUAAAAAUGGCGAUACCGAGAACCCCGAGCCUGCUCCUCUGUACGUCGAGACUGACGAAGAGAUGGCCGAGCCCACACAGGAUGACCCCCAGGGGCCCGCUGAUAUUGGUAGACGUGGAGGUCGUGGAGGUCGCGGUCGUGGUGGAUUUGCCUUCUUCCGUGGUCGCGGCGGUUCUCGCGGUGGUCACCCCUUUGCAUUCCACCCUCACGGUCCCCACCAUGGCGGUCUCCACGGACACGGCCCCCACGGUCCUUACGGACAUGGACCCCAUAUUCACCACGGCCCUGAGCACCACGGCAACGCACAUGCUCACCAUCAUCAUGACCAUCACCACCGCCACCACCGCCGACACUCUGGAUCCAAAUCUGGUGAAGAGGGCCACGGCGAAACUGGAUCUGAUGAAAAGUUGAAGCGCCGCCAGACCUUCCACGAGCAGCGCCAGGCCCGUGUCGAACAACGUCAAGUCCAGGAGGAGCAGUACAAAGUCCAGGAGGGGCAGCGCAAGAUCCAAGAAGAGCAGCGCAAGGUUCAGGAGGAGCAGAGACGUGCCCAAGAGCAACAGCGCCUUGAAACUCGUGCCCUUGCUACUACUGCCGCACCAAUCGGAGGAGGAAGUCUUGCCGGCAUUUGGCCAGCCACCCCUGCUACCCCUGCCGCUUCAGCUGCUCCUUCAACCCCUGCAACCCCUGCAGCACCACUAGCUUUAAACGCCAGCAACGACGAGUUCAAGAACGAGAUCAAGCUGUUGACGAACAUGGGAUUUGCUGACACCCCCGAGCUCCGGACGGUUGUCCGUGACUUUGGAGGUGAGGUUGAGGCCGUUGUUGAGUUCAUGAUCUCUGCCGGUCGUCAAUAA